UACAUUUCUUCUUCAAUUGCAAUUCUUGCUGAACUUCUCGGCGUCAUCUACCUCACCUUACAAUUAAUUGCGAUCUUCUGGCUACGGGGUUCGAUCCCCUGGGUCUACCGACGAUGGCACGGCGAUCAGCCAGCAAAAGCGAUAGUGAGGGCCGCCAACAAGCGGAAAUUUCAAUACAAGCAAGGCACGAGAGCUUUGCUCGAGAUAAGAGGUAUCACAAGACGAUGGAGGAACUACUGGGCAGAAUAGACCUCUUGUUAGAGCACUCCCAGCGUCUGAUAGACAUUCUGCACAUGAUUGCAAACCAUGUCCAGCCCCCGCUCCCGCUCCCAAUCAUGGCAGCUGGAGUGAUAUUCGUCAUCAUACCGGCGCGCUUCGCCGCCGCCUGGACAUGUGGCCCGUUAGGCCAAUUCCGUGCUAGAGCCAGCCAACGCCCCCGCCCAAAGAGGCACAUUUGUUUCCAGGCUUGCCCGCUCUAUCGUGUGGGUAGAGAUUAUACUUUCCCCCUUCAAAUUGACCCAGAUCAUCUGUAUCAUGUACCAGAUCCAUUGAUGCGUGUUUCUGAGGUUCAAUUCCCUUGAACGUUGUGUUUAGUCUGCGGAUUGAUGGAAGCUAUCAGAUGUUACUAUAUACAUGAUACAAGCGAGGUCACAUGCCAUGAC